AUGAAGCUAAUACUUACUUCGUUCCUUUUCACCAUCGCCUGUGCUGCUCACAGCAAAGAAAGGGUGAGCUUGUCGCCAGGCGAGCGACGUCUCCAAGAAACCGGAGAAACCCCAUCCCUUCCCAUUAAUUUUGGUGAAAGCACUGGAAACGGUUGCAUCGACUACACUCCUAGUGGCGAUUGGACAUCCGUUCCUAGAAACGAUGACGGAUCUGUCGAUGUCACUGAAAUUGGCAUCGAUUUCGACUGGUUUGGUGACAUCAAGCGAAGCCUCUUCAUCAACACUAAUGGGAACCUAUCAUUUGAGACCGGUCUCUAUUGGUACGAUCCUCGAGGCUUUACACCAGCAUCAACAAAUAUGAUUGCGCCAUUCUGGGCCGACGUAGAUACACGCGACGCGGUUGAUGGGCAUAUUUGGUACAGGAAUGUCGGUGACAAAUUCGUUGUUACUUGGGAAGAAGUCGCACGAUACGCCCGGAAUGACGAUGGAACGAGUAUAGUAAAUCCAACUCCACUCACUGAUACUUUCCAAGUUGUUCUGAGCGACAGGAAUUCUCCCGACCCAAAGAUUUGCUUCUGCUACCAAAAGAUGCAAUGGUUUUCCGGUACUGCUAAUGAUCUGAAGCAAGCACAAGUUGGUAUUGCUGGCACAGAUGGUAGAAUCUUCAACCUUGGACUUUUUGACAGAGAUGACUCCACUUGGAAUGGUGUCGGAACUACCGGCAAUGGUAUCAAGCACUUGGUUGAAAUGGGGCACUGGUGCUUCAACCCAGAUGCUGUAUCUAACACACCGACCGAAGAGACUCUUCACGGUACUACUGCAGAAAUUGUAACUUCUGACCCUGUUGGCGAUGAGACUCGAUCUGAAUCAAGUCCGUCCGGACCCGGUGGUGAUCCUCACUUCACUACUUGGAACAAGGAGCACUACGAAUACCACGGACAGUGUGAUCUUACUUUGAUCAAGGAUUCCGACUUUGCCGAAGGACUUGGCUUGGACAUUCAAAUCCGGACCAAGGUUGUCCGCCACUGGUCGUACAUCAAGAGCGCCGCAAUCAAGAUUGGCAAUGACAUUCUUGAAAUUGAAGGGUCCGCUGAUGCUAAUGAUGCUGAGGCUCACUAUUGGAUUAACUUUGAAAAACAAGGAGAACUCGACACUUUCGCUGGCUUCCCCGUCACUCAGACCCUUCCAUCCGUCUACAAGCGGCAAUACAGUAUUGACUUGAGUUCUAAGUACUACCCGGGGGCUUCCAUUGACGUCCAGCUGUACAAGGAGUUUGUCCGUAUCAAGUUCAAUGGAGACGAGUCCGUCUUUGGAAAGGUUGUCGGUCUCCUUGGGGACUUUCAGACUGGAAAGCUCGUGGCCCGCGAUGGAUCCACCGUCAUGAAUGAGUUUACCGACUUUGGAGACGAGUGGCAAGUCCUGCCAAGUGAACCCAAGCUCUUCCAUGAAGUUGCCCAUCCUCAAUUCCCAGAGCUAUGCAUCAAGCCCGAAGAUCCCCGUGGAGAACGCAAGCGUCGUUUGGCAGAGUCGGAUAUCUCCAUUGAGCAAGCUGAAGCCGCCUGCGCCAUUUUGAAGGAUCCGCUAACCAUCAAGGACUGCGUCUAUGACAUCUUGGCCACUCAAGACUUGGGUAUGAUUGGUGCCUUUUAA